AUGGCCGACGGAGGAGGUGGACGAGGCGUUGCACACACGCCGGGCCUCGCGCUUGCAGUGGAGGCACUGCACGCCGAGUACGAGCGAGCACUCGUCGAAGUGUUUGAUCAAUACAAGGCGGCGGCGGGCUACCCGGACGCAGAGCUGACUGUGCUGUAA